AUGUCGAUCUUCACCCCGACUAACCAGAUCCGCCUGACCAAUGUGGCGGUGGUGCGGAUGAAGCGCGGCGGGAAGCGCUUCGAGAUCGCCUGCUACAAGAACAAGGUCGUGGGCUGGCGGAGCGGAGUGGAAAAAGAUCUGGAUGAGGUGCUGCAGACCCACUCAGUGUUUGUAAACGUCUCUAAAGGGCAGGUGGCUAAGAAAGAAGAUCUUGUCAGAGCUUUUGGAACAGACAACCAGACCGAAAUCUGUAAGCAGAUUUUGACUAAGGGGGAGGUCCAGGUCUCUGAUAAGGAAAGGCAGACGCAGCUGGAACAGAUGUUUCGGGACAUUGCGACCAUCGUAGCAGACAAAUGUGUGAAUCCUGAGACCAAGAGGCCGUACACGGUCAUCCUCAUCGAGCGAGCCAUGAAGGACAUCCACUACUCGGUCAAAACCAACAAGAACACAAAGCAGCAGGCCCUGGAGGUGAUAAAGCAGUUGAAGGAGAGCAUGAAGAUUGAGCGCGCCCACAUGCGCCUGCGCUUCCUCCUCCCGCUGAAUGAGGGGAAGAAGCUCAAGGACAAGCUCAAGCCCUUGGUCAAGGUCGUGGAGAGCGAGGACUACGGCCAGCAGCUGGAAAUAGUGUGUCUGAUUGACCCCGGCUGCUUCCGUGAACUCGACGAGCUGAUUAAGAAGGAGACAAAGGGCAGAGGUUCUCUAGAAGUGCUCAACCUGAAGGAUGUGGAGGAAGGAGACGAGAAGCUGGAGUGA